AUGCUAGAUGAAGCGAUAGCAUUUGAGCGGCUCGUUAUCCCAAAAAAGAACGAGGAAUCUGCGAUCACGCGAGUCACAUGGGAAGAUCCGAAACAGUUAGAAGAUUUUAUUGCAAAACUACAAGCAGCCUCCGAUAAACUGGCGAAUCAUAACAGGUUCCCGACUUUUUGA